UCUCUCUCUCUCUACUCUCUCUCUCCGGAAGCCUUCUUUACCAGAGCAGAAAAAUCGAACGACAAACACUCUGAAUUCACUCCUUCAAUUCAAACCGUGGAAAGCGUUGGCGUAUCCCCAAUACCUGACUAUAUUGGCUUCUCAUCGUAUCCCCUUUCUCUUUGGUUCUUGCUCUUCUGGUAAGAAUCCCCCUCUGUUUCUUCUCUUCCAUUCUCUCAUUUUUGUCGUACCUCAAUUCACUACAAAACCCUAAUUGCAAAUCCAACCGUUCAUGACCUCAUUGUGAUUUCCAAGCUUCAGAUUAAUUUCUGGGGUUUCGGAGAUCACCUCAAGCCCUAAUUGCAAUUCAAACCAUCAAUGACCUCAUUGUGAUUCGUGUUCCAGCAGCCUCAAAUUAAUAAGGGCUUGGUAGCUUAAAUAAUGGCUAGAUUGAUAUGGGGUUUGACUUUGACGAUUGGUUUUCUAUAGAAUUUUUAGGUUAGGGUUGAACAUUCAAUCAAGUCAUUUCUUAGGCUGAGGAUUCGUGGGGCAGUGUUGCGAUUAGUCCAAUGCAGAACGAGAGUUCGGUUUGCCCUGGUUACAUGCAUGACCAGCCAUCAAGCGAGGCGAUCUUGAUUUAUGUGGCUGUAUCGGGUUCGAUGAUUCCAUUGAGGGUUUUGAAGUCUGAUUCGAUUGAGUCUGUGAAGCUUCGGAUCCAGACUUACAAAGGGUUUGUUGUGAAGAAUCAGAGGUUGGUUUGUGGAGGUAGAGAAUUGGCGAGGAGUGAUAGCCUCGUGCGGGAGUAUGGGGUGACGGAUGGGAAUGUCCUGCAUUUGGUUCUCCGCCUCUCUGAUCUCCAAGUCAUCAGUGUUAGGACGUCUUGUGGGAAAGAAUUCACAUUCCAUGUUGAACGGUGUCGAGACGUGGGGUAUGUGAAGCGUCAGAUUGCUACAAAGAAGAAGGGUUUAGUUGAUCUUGACGAUCAAGAAAUCAUAUGCAAUGGAGAGCUUCUUGAAGAUCAGAGAAUUAUUACUGAUAUCUGCAAGAACAACAACGAUGCUGUGAUUCACUUGUUUGUCCGGAAAACUGCCAAAAUCAGGGCUAAACCCAUUGACAAAAACUAUGAAUUGUCCAUUGUAGCACCACAAUUGAAUGAUAAGAGAGAUGAUGAAGUUGAAAGGGAAAGUGGAUAUUCCUUAGAAACUAAGAAGACUCUUGAAGUACCUAGAAAGCCUCCGAACAGAGAUUUCUUUUUGGAACCAGUAAUUGUUAAUUCAAAGAUAGAAAUGCCUUUGGUUCUUGAGGAUUUGGUAAAGUCAACGUAUCAAGGGUUAGCUAGAGGGAACUACCCAAUCAGGUCUGCAGAGGGAACAGGAGGAGCAUAUUUUAUGAUGGAUGCAUCAGGUAAAAGGUAUGUCUCCGUAUUUAAGCCUAUAGAUGAGGAACCUAUGGCUGUGAACAACCCACGAGACCUCCCCUUGUCAGUGAAUGGUGAAGGGUUAAAGAAGGGAACCAAGGUUGGGCAAGGUGCAUUGAGGGAAGUUGCUGCCUACAUUAUAGAUCAUCCAAAGAAAGGCCAUCGCUUGAUUUUUGGGGAGGAGAGGGGCUUUGCUGGGGUCCCACCUACAAUGUUGGUCAAGUGCUUGCACGGUGGAUUUAAUCAUCCAGACGGUUUAACAGUCAAGAUUGGGUCUUUGCAGAUGUUUGUGGAGAACUAUGGAAGUUGUGAGGAUAUGGGUCCUGGUGCUUUCCCAGUGAAGGAGGUUCAUAAGAUUUCCGUGUUAGAUAUAAGGAUGGCCAAUGCCGAUAGGCAUGCUGGGAACAUUUUGGUGAGCAAAGGUGAAGACGGCCGGACUGUGCUGAUUCCAAUUGACCAUGGGUAUUGCUUGCCUGAGAGUUUCGAAGAUUGCACAUUCGACUGGCUGUAUUGGCCUCAAGCUCGCAAGCCUUACACUGCUGAAACUAUUGAAUACAUAAAAUCACUGGAUGCUGAAGAAGACAUUGCCCUCUUGAAGUUUUAUGGGUGGGUUCUGCCACUUGAAUGUGCUCGUACGCUCCGCAUAUCCACCAUGCUUCUGAAGAAAGGAGCAGAGAGAGGGCUCACCCCCUAUGUCAUUGGAAGCAUCAUGUGCAGAGAAACCUUAACUAAGGAAUCUGUGAUUGAGGAGAUUGUCCUGGAAGCACUGGAUUCCUUGCUCCCAGGGACAAGUGAAGCUGCAUUCAUGGAAUCAGUCUCCCACUUUAUGGAUCGCCGCCUUGACAAGAUUGCCAAAUGAAGUGUGACUGCAGGUGGUGGUGCACUUAGAUAACCAGCUGAUGCAACUUCCUCAAUGUUGUGCUUUUAUUCUCUGUCCGUUGACAUAAUUAGGUAGCAGUCAGUCCUCUACUACUGAUAAAGCCAUUGGAGCUUGAAUUUUGGAUCUUUCUCUACUUAGGAUUAGCAAUUAUCACCUGAACUGGACAGCUAGUUCAUUGUUUUCCCUUUCCAGAAAUGAAGUUGCCGGUAGGAAUGAAGCUGACUAUUGGCAUACUUGACCAAUCCUCACUAUGGAUGUUUGAACGUAUAGAGCUACAUCAGGUGAAAUUGACGGUGCUUAAACAAGAAUGCAGGACCGUUGUGGGUAGCGUCUCUGUAAAAUUCCUUCCCCCCCCCCAAUAAAAAAGAAAAGAAAGGAAUACAGGACCUAUCCAUAUUAUGUUCCUGUAAUCUUCUUGAUUUCCAUCUAAUUUGUAAGAGUAAAUUAUGUGUUGACCUCCGCUAUAUUUUUCAUAAGUUACUAGGCCUUUCAGCAGAUGUCAUCUGUUGCUAAAUUGGAUCCUAAAAUAACUUCCACUUUAUCUUUCAGCUUUUUUUGACUUUCUAUUCAUCAUUUACUUCUGAAACCUUGUGGAUACUAUGACCGGGUACCUCUGUUUAUCCAAAUUUCGCUUUCACUUUUGAUAAAUUGCACUAUUAGCUGUAGUUUGCGGAGGUUUUUCAAAAUUACCUUCACAAAUAUUUUCUUACAUAGGAAUAUUUACUCAACGAUACACACAAUGGACAAAGAUGUCAGCGCACCAUUAUAUGAUUCUUCUUCUCCACCUCUUCUCUCCCUUUCUUUCCUUUCCUCCUCAAUUAUAGUACGGAGUAGUUAUGAUAUUGCCUCUGCAUGAAAGUCAUGGUCAAACCCUGAUUUCGCUCCUCUUAAUAUUAGUGAUUACGCAUUUGUUAUGCCCUCGUACCCACUUAUGUAAGAAUUUCUCCCCACAUUUUAAAGAGAUGAAACUCCAUUGAAGUAAUUGUUCAUUCCUGUGAUGUCCACUCUUAGAACAGUGUUUAAUAUGCAAAAAAAAAGGAUCUAUUUUUCCUGGAAAGUAUUAUAAAAUAUGAAUGAAUGUAAAAUAAUCCAUGAAAUAUGUCCCGAGGUUCUGAAAGAAAUUUUAAACACAAGAAAUGAACGCUAAAAAAUUUGAUUGCGUAUUCUCAAGAAAGGUGAUUGAUAAUUCAAGUAAUUACACUGCAUUAGUUAUCUGGGUAAUGACAAAUGCUAUUUUGACUCUCCCAUUGCAUUGCUCAAAGGGGCAGAGCAGUUGUACUUUCAGCUUUUCUGUCCUUAUCAGUAAAAGAAAAAGCACGAUGAAAGCUGAAUCUUCCAGCCACUAUCUGUAUUCAUAAUAACAUGUCUCAAGUCUCAACAAUUUUCAACAUCUCUAUCAACUAACCACAUUAUCAGAAAAUUCACCGCCCAAGGAGAGAGAGAGAGAGAGAGAGAGAGAGAGAGAGAGAGAGAGAGAGA